AUUGGCCGUGGGGCCGGCACGGCGCGCGCCCAUUGGGCGGCCGCUUGCCCUGAGCCAAGCUUUAGAACUCCGAGCCCCAAUAUUCGGUUACAUUGUAGCAAAAUGGCGACUGUCAUUCACAACCCCCUCAAAGCACUUGGGGACCAGUUCUACAAAGAAGCGAUUGAGCACUGUCGCAGCUACAACUCUCGGCUGUGUGCUGAACGGAGCGUCCGCCUUCCCUUCCUGGAUUCGCAGACUGGUGUAGCUCAGAACAACUGCUACAUCUGGAUGGAGAAGCGGCACAGAGGACCAGGCCUGGCCCCAGGUCAGCUGUACACGUACCCGGCACGUUGCUGGCGCAAAAAGAGGCGUUUGCAUCCCCCCGAGGAUUCCAGGCUGAAGCUGCUGGAAAUUAAACCUGAAGUUGAUCUGCCUCUGAAAAAAGAUGGGUUCACAUCAGAAAGUACAACUCUGGAAGCCUUGCUACGUGGAGAGGGAAUAGAGAAAAAAACGGACACUAAAGAGGAAGACACUAUACAAGAAAUCCAGAGGGUUUUAGAAAACGAUGAAAAUGCAGAUGAAGUAAAUGAGGAAGAGGAUUUGGAAGAAGAUAUUCCAAAACGAAAGAACAGGCCUAGAGGACGGGCUCGGGGAUCUGGAGGUGGCAGGAGACGGAAUGAUGCUGCCUCCCAGGAUGAUCAUGACAAACCCUAUGUCUGUGACAAUAGUUACAAACAAAAGCAUAACUCAAAAAUCUCCGACAAAGUAUGUGGCAAGCGUUACAAGAACAGGCCCGGGCUGAGCUACCACUAUGCCCACACUCACCUUGCCAGCGAAGAGGGUGAUGAAGCCCGCGAGCAGGAGACCCGCUCUUCCCCUGUCCACAGAAAUGAAAACCACAAACCCCAGAAAGGACCAGACGGGGUCAUCAUUCCCAAUAACUACUGUGACUUCUGCCUCGGAGGCUCCAAUAUGAACAAAAAAAGUGGCCGGCCUGAGGAACUUGUAUCGUGCUCAGACUGUGGGCGCUCUGGACACCCGACCUGCCUGCAGUUCACCACAAACAUGACUGAGGCUGUUAAAACCUAUCAGUGGCAGUGCAUUGAGUGCAAAUCCUGCAGCCUUUGUGGGACCUCUGAGAACGAUGACCAGCUGCUCUUCUGUGAUGACUGUGACCGUGGCUAUCACAUGUAUUGCUUGAAUCCACCAGUCUUUGAGCCCCCAGAAGGGAGUUGGAGUUGUCACUUGUGCCGGGAGCUGCUCAGAGAAAGAGCAUCAGCUUUUGGUUUCCAGGCCUGAGGAGCUCCAGCAAUCAAGAAACACUUUGCUCCUCAUGUUGUCAUACCAGCACACAAUUCCCAUUGAGAACACAAAGACACAACCCACAUCAAAAUGAAUGGACAUUCAAGUACAGGAAGAGGUAUCUGUCGUAUUCG